GGGUUGUGGGAACAGAACAUAGCCGUGAUAUACAAGUAACGAAAAUAAAUUUUCGAAUAGUGACAGUGAGAGGUGUGUGUUGGUAGUAAUUUAAAGUGUGUAAUAGUCGUUCAUUCCGUUGUGACAGGUUGCCGUGUUUUCUUUUUUUACUCCGCCCGGUGUGGUGCUCGCAAUUGUGUUAACCGUUUAUUAAAUACAAAAUGUUUCUGAAAUAAAUACAGGCUUGCUGCCAUCCCCAGCUGCGUUUUCUGCAUCCUGCUUUUACAUGAUUAUAUACUAAUGUUUAACUAAAUACUAACGAGAAAACUGUACCACAGCAACUAAAAAAAAUUAUGAAAAAUCCCGUACCAAACAAGAAUUAAGAGUUUGAGGGAUACGCAGUAUUAUGAAAAAACUUCCCGUUCCCGGUGAUGUAGAGGUGAUAAAGUGAUUAAAGAAGAUGAUGAAAACAAACUCUCACAACCACAAACGUGCGUCAUUGUACCAACCAGUGUAAUAUUAUUUAAUCCAUAAAACUUGAAGUGACGGUGCUGCAACAACUCUGGUCAUGGCCUCUUAUCCGACGUAUCAAGAGAACUCCAGUGCCAACGGUGGAGUUGCCAGUGGUGAGAGUCCAGCUCUUGAAGAAGACAGACAUAAUCCAACAGCAGAUGGAAACAGUUCUGUGUGUUACUGCACAGAGUCUAAUGAAACUGGUGGGAUUAAGGGAGAUUCUGAGGCAGCCGGGACAAAAACUGCGGAGGAAUCGGAAAAUGAGUGCACUUCUGAGACUGGCAGCAACGUGGCCACCUAUCGUGCGAGCAUUCUCGACUUGCCGGAUGAGAUUAUGAUAAAGAUCAUGUCGUACCUGACCUUCAGUGAGCUCUUAGACGUAGUGCAGAAAGUGUGCUCACGUUGGAAGUGUCUGUCCCAAGAUGCGGAAUUGUGGUACGACAAAGUAUACGUUGUCAGGAGCUGGUGCUGCAGCCACUCCGCCACUCGAAGGGGCGACAAAACGGACCGGGAGGCGGUGCAGACGCUCUACAAUGCGCCCAACCUGCGCACGGUGCUCAUCCAGCGGGGAGCCAAGUCGAGCGUCUUCCGCGCGCUCUACACCAACUGCCGACAGCUGACCAACCUGCAGAUUGGUGCCACGCAGAAACUGAGUUACUCGGUGAUGAAGAGCCUGGUGGAGAAGUGCUCGAAGAUCCACACACUGCGGAUCUCGAACCACCUGCUGCAGAGCCCGAAGUUCGUGGAGGCGCUGUCGCAGUUGCAGCACCUGCACUGGCUGCAGCUGGAGGAGUAUUCGGCGACCGACCGGCGCGUCCUGCUGCGCCCGCUGGCCGACGGCUGCCCGCAGCUGUCCGAGGUGGACCUCGGCCACAUGUACUACGACUUCGAGGACCUCGCCUACUUCCUCAAGGCCAAGAGCCGCAUCCUCAAGUACCUGGGCGUCCGGUGGUCCAUGGAGUCGAGGAGAUGUAUCGUCCCACUGCUAACAGUGUGUGCAGACACCUUGGAACGCCUCGAGCUUUACCAGUACGACGUACCUCGAAAUGAGGCGCGUGAGGCAUUCGUUGCUCUGGGCAAGCUUCAGAACCUGCAAGAGCUCACUUCAAUGUCCUUGGACUCAUCUUUAACAGGAAUUGUUCCUCUGGCAUUCAGGGAUGGAGGUUUGUCAAAGCUGAAGCUGUUGGAUCUGUGGGACGGAUACGGCCUGGAAGACGAUGCUGUAGUCGCUAUAUCCCUGGGAUGCCCUGUUCUGCGGGAGCUGAGGCUGCGUCACGCUAUUCGGAUUUCUGAUGCAGCAUUUUCGCAGAUCCAUCAUCUCAAAUGCUUGCAGCUCCUGGACCUGUCUGCAUGUGAAGGCCUGGGUGGUGCCCUGAUGCCGUACCUCGCGCGGCUUCCAGUGUUGCGUGCGCUGCUCAUGGAGGAGAUGAACUUGUCGCAACUCCAGCCGGGCCUCGCCUGCAUCCUCGACCUGACCAAUCUGCGCUGCCUCAACCUCAACUCUUGCAACGUCCGAGCUGUGCCCUUUGCCAAGUUCCCUGACAGGCUGAUAAACCUCAGGAAGCUACAUCUAGAGAACAGCCAGGGUGAUAGAAGCGUCGUGGAAGAAUUGCACGAGCGAAUGGCCGAUCUGCAGAUUUUUGGCAUGGUGCGUGACGAGCCUCCGUCGGUGUUCUCUGAGAGCGACUUGAGUGACGACUCCUCCGAUUACGAUGACGAUGACGAUGAUGAUGAUCAUGUGGGUGGAGGGAACGGAGCGGCUCCAGGUGGUGGCAACGCAGCCGGAAACUACAACUCUGAGAAUUACUGCGCCGGCGGUGCCUGCAGCGACAUUGAAGACGUCGACGUCUCGCUCCUGUUUCUGGAGAAUGGGGAGCUCGAGUGAUCCAGCAUUGAGAGUGACCCUGAAAUUUCACAUUUGAAGAAUAAACGAAUGUUGCAUGUGUGAUUCAGAAUAUGAAAAUUCUCACUACAGUGUGAAAUGCUCUGAUCUUUGAUGAAAUUUGUUACCUGAAAGA